AUGUCCGAAGCCGACUACUAUCAGCUCAUUGGUGUUGGCCGGGAUGCCACCCUACAUGAGAUUAGGUCCAAGUUUCGCGCCAAGGUACUUGCCGAGCACCCGGACAAGGGCGGAGACCCAAAGAAGUUUCAGCUCCUGAACAAAGCAUACAAUGUGUUGACUGAUCAGGACAAGCGACGCCGGUAUGAUGCCACUGGCCGUGCUGAAAAGUCAGCAGAGGAGGAGUUUGUGGAGGGCUUCGCCGGGGGCAGGCAUCAUUUCGAGCCUCGCAGCAAGGAUGCCGAUGAGAAGGCUCUUGUGAGCUUGAAGGACAGGAUCAUUACGGGCAAUCAGACACAUGAAGAAGGCUUUGCCGAGUGGCUGCGUCAGCGUGAUCAACAGGCCAUGGUUCUGACUGACAAAGAUUUUAUGAAGACGCAUCUCUUCAAUGCAUCGGAGUUGGCGACCAAGAUCAAUCACCCAGGACCUGUGCAGCAUGUCCUCGGAUCUCCCAAAACAGAUGCCUAUGGUCAGGCCAUGGGAGGCGCAGUUCAGGUGCAGGUGAAGCCCAGGCCUCUCAAGAAGACUAUUGAUCAUGACGAGGUGCUCGUGCGCAUGCUUGCUGUUCCAGUUGAUGACUCCAUGGUCUAUGCGGACCUGAAGAAAACCGGUGUCUGCCUUGGCAUGACGGGAGUUGGGAGAGUGGAGCAGGCCGGAACACGGGUCGAGGACCUCAAGCCAGAAGAUGCUGUUCUGGUCCUCCCGAAGCCUACGAAGUUCUCCUCUGCACAUCCAAUAGGAACUGGGCGAACUCUGUUGACAUGCAGCGAAGAUGACCUCCUGCGUAUCCCAUCAGAGAUCCUUGAGCAGCUGACACCUGAGCAGAUCUGCCUGACUCCAACCAUUGUGUGUGCAUACACUGUGCUGGAGCAGUUUGGAUCCAAACUGAAGCCGGGCGACUCUGUGCUGAUCAACGCAGCUCAUCUCUCUGCCUCAGGGUCGGCUCUGCUCCAGCUGUGCAAGCUGCUGAAGCUGAAGCCUCUUUGUAUGCUGUCUCUCCCCGGUUCCCCGAAGAACCUGGCAAAGGGCGAGUACGGAUCCAAGGCAGCUUGGGCAGAGGUUGACAACCGUGCAGCCGCAAGCGCCACGGUGCGUGCACAGUAUGAGCGCAUCAGCGAGCUGUUGGUGACGAUGGGGGCUGAAGAGGUCUUCCCAGAUGCCGUAGCGCUCCUGCGGUGGAGGGACCGGAACCAGCGCAUGCUCCCAAAGCUUGCUUUGGACGGCAUUGCAACGCGGGACUCUUGCGAGCAGCUGAUUCACUGCCUGCAAUCAGGUGACAAGGAUGCCCAGAUCGUUGUGUAUGGUCAUGGCAUUGCCCAGCCGCUUGAGAUUUCCCCCCCUCUGCUUGCAGCAUGGGGCGGUCGUAUCGUUGGCUUCAACAUCUCGAGAUGGGUGCACUCCUUGUCCGCCAAUGCCAAGAAGAUGAUGGCAGUCAUGGAAAACGUCACGAAGCUUGUUCGUGCAAACAAGUUCGUCCUGGACACCGUGGUGUACAAGGUCGGCGAGGAUGCCUGCAGUGAGGCCUUCUCUCGAGCAGCGGAUGCCGGCGACAAUACGCAGGUGGUGCUGGUCUUCCCGACGCUACAGGAAGAGUUGACACUGUCUGCUCAAGAGCAGAGGGCUGAAAAGGAGAAGCAAGCCAAGCUCAAGGAAGAGGAAGCUGCCAAGAAGAAGGAGGAUGAAGAGCGUGACAGGCUGAAAGCCGACUGGCUGAACUUGCUCUUCACUGAUCAGAGCGUCGCGGCUAUGAGCCCUGAGGGUCCUCUGCCAACAGCGCACGAGGGCGGAAAUCUGGGCAGCCCGAACGCUUUGGUUGUUUGGCUUGGGGAUGACUCACAGAACGAAGCUGCUGCUGUCAGGGACGUCGCCUCGCAAGUUGGCAGUGCAGCCUUUGUAUCUCUGGCGUGGGCCCAGCAUCCCGCUGCAGAGGGCUUCGCUGAGUUCUCGCUGAAGCAGCCGGAGGUUGUGGAUGGUUCCUUCUUCCUGCGUGACCGUCAGGCUUUCGAGAACCAGGACUUGGACAUGCUGCAUGAUGUGGAGCUUCUCGGCCGCUGCCUUUCAGAGUCGAUCGAGACCAAAUUGGGCGAGUUUGGCUUGGGUUGGGACAAGGUGGUGAUUCUUGGCUUUGGCAAAGGGGCUGGCAUUGCACUCUAUGCCUCACUCCUAAACAUCUUCCCGCAGGUGUCUGCAACCGUCCUCUUCAGUCCGAUUGUGCUUUUCCCUUCAUUCUUGGCUGAAAAGAUGCAGGCAUUGCGCCAGACAACUACCGGCCAGAUGAAAGUGUUCACUGUGUGGGGAAAUCGCAACAGGUCUACACCGGGCACGUACCGCCAGUUGUUGGCACAGACUUUGCGCAAGGCAAAGGACGUCCACUUCACGCCAGACACUAUGCCGGAUGGUGACCACUCGUUCGACCUCAAGAGUGCUGGAGUGCUGUCGUCCAUGCUGCCCCUGUGCUUGCCCCGCUGA